AUGAUACCCACAAUCGAGCGACCUGCGACGUGCGAACUUUGUGGCCAAUGGAUGCCACGACAUAAUCCUAACUGCCCUCGCAACGGUGUUCAUCCGUCUCAGUGGUUCAUACCACAAUCUCAGCAGAAUUCUAUCAAAGAGACAGCCGAAUGCUAA